AAAUGAAGGCGGCAGCAGGGAGGGGUGGGAGGAAGGAAACCCAGAAAGGUGAGGCAAUAGGGAGACCAUAGAGAACAAUUGCACGGGGCCCUGCUGUGCUUGGGAGGAAGAGUGUGUUGUGUGUGUGCAUAUAGAUCUACGCUCCGCAAUAGGAAAUGCUUUAUUAGCUGGGAGUGGUGGAGAAAAGCCAGGCAGGAAGAGGCAGUAAUAAGAAACAUUUUUAACUUCUCCCACAUCCAGAGCUUGCCAAACCGCUGCUUUCAGCAAGAGGGAAAGAGCAGGGGGGCUGGAAAGAGGAUCCUGUCUCCCUCCGCAACCCAGCCCUUCAUACUCCCAGCUGCCUUCAACUGAGUGGCUGCCUUGAAAGGGACUUCACCGGACGGAGCUCAGCUUCAGGCUCAAUCUGGGGACACUGUUCUUUCUGACGUGAACCCAGGAAGACUGGAACCUUUGUAGGAAAGGAGACCCACGAAUCCAUCUCAGGCCAUGCAUCUGAGACCCAUGAAGAGCUGCCCAGAGUGACUUCAGGCCACAACUUUCCCAGAAAAUAAAAACCCAUCUCAGAUUCUGGUACCAAAGAGAAUGCUGUCAUCUGAGGAAGCCUCAGCCAAGGCCUGCUGAAAGGAGUUAGACAGCAGGAUACGGUUUAAAGCCCAAGUUUGCUCCAUUCUGUCUACAGACUCCUGGUCUUCUGUAGUCUUGGGGCGGCCGAUGAAAAGGUCCUCUGGGUAACAAUCGGCAGUCGGGUUCUAGCUGGUUGCAGAAGCGUCUCCCAGAGGACCCAAGUGACAAAAUGCUUCAAGGACUGAUCAUGGGUAUUUUCUUGAUGAUCCUGAAUCUCCCAAGAAGCAUUAUCGCUGGUGAGCUGACCUGUGUUUGUGAUGAACACGCACCGGACUGUGUUUUCAGUGAAGAAGGGAAAAACUUCAUUUGUUCUGGGGUGGUGUGUUUUGUCAGCAAACAUCGGGCGGAUGGAGAAAUUAUAUCCAGGAAAGGAUGCCUGCAAACGGAAUAUGAAACAUGCAGGGGCAGCAUACAAAAAAACUAUGGCAUGAAAUGCUGCUCGUCCAACAUGUGCAAUUUAAAUCUUUCCAUUAUGUUGCCAGGUGAAGAAAUUGAAGUGGGUCUGUCUCUUACGAACCUUCUCCUGAUGAUCUUGGUUCCACUGUUUGCCAUUGUGCUCCUUGCUGUGUUGGUGGGACUCUUUUUAUGGAAAGUGUGCCAGAGCCGUCAAAGGAAAAUGCAGCUUGGGUGUGAUGAUUUAGGAGAUAUGGAUUUCAUCCUGAAGUCAUCCAUCGCUGGCGACAGCACCUUAGAAGACUUGAUGGAGGAUGACUGCACCACCGGGAGUGGCUCAGGACUGCCCUUCCUUGUCCAAAGAACUGUAGCUCGGCAGAUCACACUGUCUGAAUGUGUUGGCAAAGGACGUUAUGGUGAGGUGUGGCGUGGAAUAUGGCAUGGGGAGAAUGUGGCUGUCAAAAUCUUCUCAUCCCGGGAUGAGCAGUCGUGGUUCCGGGAGACCGAAAUAUACAACACGGUGCUGCUGAGGCAUGACAACAUCUUGGGGUUCAUUGCCUCGGACAUGACCUCCAGGAAUUCCAGCACCCAGCUCUGGCUGAUAACCCACUACCAUGAACAUGGUUCCCUCUAUGACUAUCUGCAGUACACUGCACUGGAUGUGGAGACCUGCCUCCUCUUGGCCUCUUCCAUCAUCUGUGGGCUUGUUCACCUCCAUGUGGAAAUUUUUGGCACUCAGGGCAAGCCAGCCAUUGCUCACCGUGACCUGAAAAGUAGGAACAUCCUGGUCAAGAACAAUAAACAGUGCUGCAUUGCUGAUCUGGGUCUGGCAGUCAUGCAUUCCCAAAGCACUGACUUAUUGGACAUUGGGAACAACCCACGAGUGGGCACCAAGCGUUACAUGGCACCUGAAGUCUUAGAUGAACAGAUUCACAUGGACUGCUUUGAAUCCUUCAAGCGGACUGACAUCUGGGCCUAUGGCCUCGUACUCUGGGAGAUUGCCCGGAGAACAGUUGUGAACGGGAUUGUGGAAGAUUACAAGCCUCCUUUCUUUGAUAUGGUGCCAGUUGACCCCAGCUUUGAAGAAAUGAAGAAAGUGGUCUGUGUUGACCAGCGGACACCCACCAUCCCAAACAGGCUGUUCUCUGACCCGACGUUGUCUGCCUUGGCUAAGAUCAUGAAAGAAUGCUGGUUCCAGAGUCCCCCAGCCAGACUCACGGCAUUGAGGAUUAAAAAGACACUGAAAAAACUCAACAAUUCCUUCGACAAACCCAAACAAAACGCCUAACUGUGGGGACCAGCCCUGAGACCAGAGAUCAAGUUUCUGAUUCAUUGGAUCAGCAAGGAAGUUCAAGGUCACCCAACUCCCACUUCACUUUCCAGCCACUGGCCUUGCUAACCUGGGUCAAUGGGGCAGCAGCAAGCAAACAAGCAAGCAAACCUCGCCUGAAAUCUGGCCAAGAGGAUUUGGGCUUGAGCCUCCAGGACUGGGAUUGAUCGUUUGCAGGGAAAUUUAAUGGAACAGAUGACUGGCUUCAGUUCUUCUUAAUUUGUUUUCUCUAACUACAAAAGAGACGGGGAUACACCAGCUUCCCUCCUCUUCUUUCUCUCUCAGAACAUAUAUUAAUAUAAAUACCCCCUGGAUCUGUAACCUGACGCCAGUCGGUCUCGCCACCAACGCCUGAAAAAAUGGGAGGGAUCCUACUUGGAAAGAGCACAGCUGCUCUGCCCAAAGGGGAGCUGCCUUAGAAACACCAAUUAAGAGUCAUUCAUAAGCUGGUUUCUCUCCUUCCCUCCCUCCCUCUCUUUUCUAAAAAAGAUUGGGUAUGUAGGAUCUGCUUGUGUGUGUUUAUAUCCUGCUUGCAUGUCUGCAUGUGUACAAACAAGAGGGAAUGCAGAUUGGAAGGCUCCCACUUGUCAGAGCCUGAACACACCAGAUGCGCAUGUAUGCACAGGUUCAUGCCACAACAAUCUUAGAUGAGAAAGCACACUUGCAUAGAUAUAAAAAAAACUGGAGUGUUGGAGUUCAGAAUUCAAUGGUAGUCACGUUGGCUGCAAGUAAAAAGCACUGACAGAAUGCUGGAAUCUGGUAGAAGCAGGAAGGGGGAGGGUGCACUGCUUUCCCAAAAUUGCCUGCAAAAAUCUGGGAAAUCUCUUGUAGGUAUGUUGUUGUUUUUGGCAGCACAAUGGCUGUAGUGUGUGAGGUGCUUUCAACUCAGUGUUGAUGUAAUAUGGUCACAGUAUAGGAGUUGAGGUCUGAUGGUGUGGGAACCUCACUAAUUAUGUGCUGCUGGAUUCAGGCUGUAGCAACCUGUACAAGUAAGCCUCUAAGACAGUGGUUCUCAACCUGUGAGUCCCCAGAUGUUUUGGCCUACAACUCCCAGAAAUCCCAGCCAGUUUACCAGCUGUUAGAAUUUCUGGGAGUUGAAGGCCAAAACAUCUGGAGACCCACAGGCUGAGAACCACUGCUCUAGGACAAUCUUUAAAAGGCAACAAACUAGUUGUAACAGUUUGUAUUCCCAUCAGAGGAAGGUUGUUGUUUUUUUUUAAUGUUAAUGGCUCUUAAUUGCCCAUUCAAAGCCAAGCCCCACGUGUUAUUUUUUGCAUUAGAAGGGGGAUAACUCAUAAUCCCAUAAAAAGGAAGGGGUGGAGGGAGAGGAAUAUAGUAAUACAUUUAUGACUCACUGCUUUUUAAAACAUGACUUUUCCUGAAUAUAAAAUCACUUAUUUAGAUGCAAUACAGAGAAGAAACGGCACAAAAGCUCAUGCUAAAAUAGAAACCAGUUAAGUCUUAAAGGUGCCGCCAGGCUGCUCCCUUUCAUGUCUGCAAGAGAUUAACAGGGCUACUUCUUCAAAAACCGCAAGCACACAGUGUUCCUGGGAUAAUUCAUUUCUCUCCUCCCUCACCAGUCUAUUGUAAAGAUUACAGUUAAGAUCAGGGGUAAUAAGAAAAUGGGAAGGGGAGGUCAAAGCUUGGAGAGGUUUCUUUUUUUUGGAGGAUGGUCAGGAGCUUUAAUCCCAGCUCCUGAGUAGGUUGAUAAUGUCACCAUCCCCGAUAGUCAAAAGCAUUUUGCCACUCCUUUGCUGUGAGGCUUUGUUCCACUCUGCAACAUAUGUAGUAGCCAUGCUGACCAGUACUUUAUUGGGACACUGGCAGGGAACAUCUUGUGUCAAUCAUAGAAGAAGGCUGGAAUGUAAAUGUCACAAACUAGAAUCACCACCUGCACCAAGAAAACCUUGGUUAAGGCAGAUUCCCCCUCUGUACUUUUAGAGUUGAUUGGCAGAUCCAUUUUGCUGAGCUAUAUCUUUCACCCAGUGGCGCAAUGGGUUAAACCCUUGUGCCGGCAGGACUGCUGACCAACAGGUUGGCGGGGCAAAUCCAGGGAGAGCAGGUGAGGUCCCUCUGUCAGCUCCAGCUCCCCUUGCGAGGACACGAGAGAAGCCUCCCACAAGGAUGGUAAAACAUCAAACAUCUGGGCAUCCCCUGGACAACAUCCUUGCAGACAGCCAAUUAUCUCACACCAGAAGCAACUUGCAGUUUUUCAAGUCGCUCCUGGCAUUAAAAAAAAAACCAACACUAGGAUUUAGCUCAGCAAGCUAAACCAUGAUUUAAUUGGACAUUUGGAACUGACUCAGAUUCACACAACAUACCAUGGUUAAACUAUGAUUAUGGUAGCUCUGUGGCAUUUUGUUGCAAUUGUAUGUGCUUGUACUUGAGAAGCCAAUCUUAUAAAAUCUCAAAAGAUAUAAGGCCCUAUAGCAGGUAUGGGUAAAACCAGGCCCAGGUUGGGCUCUUUUCUCAGGCGAUCCUCUCUCUCACCAUCCUAUCCUUCCUUCCUUCUCUCUUUCCUUCCCUCCUUUCCCUUCCUUUCUUCUCUUCCUUCCUUUCUCCCCCCCCCCCCCCUUCUCUUUUUCCUUCCUUUCCUCCUGGGGGAUGUUUAGCUGGGAGAAGAGAAGGUAGAGAGAAACAUGAGAACCAUGUUUUAGGAUGUAAAAGGGUGUCCCAUUGAGGAGAGAGGGGAAAAACACUUUCUGCUGCUCUAGAGAUCAGGGGACAAGGGAGCAAUGGGUUCCAAUGGCAGGGAAAGAGAUUCGACUGAAAAGAUGAAGAACUUUCUGGAGAAUGGUAUAGGCUGCCUGGGAGUGUGGUGGAGUCUCCUUCUCUGGAGGCUUUUCCGCAGAGGCUUUCUAUCAGGAGUGCUUUGAUUGUGCCUUCCUCUAUGGCAGGGGGUUGGACUGGAUGGCCCUUGGGGUUCUAUUCCAGCUUUAGGAUUCUAUUUAGGCAAUAUGGAGUCCAAUGGAUAUACUUUUUCUUUCCCAUCCACCAUCUCAUCCUGACCAAGGCUAACCCUUUUGGGAUCCAAAUGUUCUCUUUCUUUCGUUCACUUUGUGCCUCCAAAAGAACAGAGGAAGGGAAGGAAAGGGCAGGGAGGGGACUUGGGGAGGCCCCCCUUCCCGGUCCGCUCACCCUACUACGGUCCAUCAUGCGGCCCCCAACUUAGAAAGUUUGCCCGUGCCUGCCCUAUAGGGUAGAUUCAAGCAAUGAACAUUGGAUUUGCUUUUUACAGUCAGCCAAUAUGGCACAGUGGUUUGAGUGUUGCACUCAAGUUUGGAGUCCAAGUUUUUGAAUCCUCGUUCAGCCAUGGUAAAUAACUGGCUGACCAUGUGUGUGUGCAUAUCUGUCUGUUUUUCUGCCUGCCUGCCUGCCUAUCAGUCAUCUGUCUCUAUCUGUUGCCAACCAUAUGCCUUCAAGUGGUCUGUCAUCUUGUAGCGAAUUGACCCCAUGAAUUUAAUUUGAUUUUAUAAGCAAAGAAUCCUCAGAGUUGAUCUUGCCAGCUCCUUCCUCUGAAAUACAGCCUACUACACAUGGUAUUUCUUGGUGGCCUCCCAUUCAAGGACCAACCAGGGCUGCCUCUGGCCCCUUCUACACUGUCAUGUAAUCCAGUUCAAAGCAGAUAAUCUGGAUUUUAUAUGGCAGUGUAGAAGGGGCCUCUGUUUAACUUUCAAGAUCAGCCAAGGUGACGUUGAUAUAAAUUGGGCAUGGCCUGAAGGCCCAACAAGGAAGGCAACUAUUCUGAAAAAAGGAGGUAGUAAUGGUGGAAGGUGAGUCUUAAGAGUAUUCACAGAAAAAAAUGAAGACACCAAGGAUUAAUAGGAACGAUAUGGUAAGAUUGCAUGGCAGUUUAUUCAGUACACCUCAAAAUUGUCUUUUUCACCUCCAGGGAAUUAAUCUUCUUGUCUUAAACUUUUCAGAAACAUUUAUACUUGCACAUAAUGUACCCAUGACAAAGCAACCAAGUAAACCUGAGUAAAAAAAAGUGUAAUCCUAAUUCACCAUAAAGACUCUAAGGUUGCUUUUCAAAUGUCAUUAUUUUGCACAGAUUUUAUAUAUAUUUAUUAAAUACGCACCAGAAAACCGUCA